CAGAUGCAAAUGCAAAACUGUGAAACCGGAGAGCGUUUUUCAGAAAUUUACUGAAAUUCACUUAAUUUAUUGAUUAUUAUUUCAUAUUUUCAUCAAAUUAAUGGUAAUUUAAACUAUUCCUUUCCAUUUUAUUCUGUUAUUUCAUUAGAAUGAGUGAUAAUGCUGAUUUAUACGAUGGUGACGGGAUAAUGGAUUCCCUUCCAAUUUCAUCGGAAGUCACCUAUAACUGGGUUGACAUCACCGGGGAUUUCUUCAAACACAUACAAGAUCUUCAGCUUGGAGAGUUGUUACAUGAUGGACACCUAUUUGGUCUCUUUGAGGCCAUGUCGGCCAUUGAGAUGAUGGACCCCAAGAUGGAUGCUGGGAUGCUGUGUAACCGGGGGAACUCCAAACCUCUGAACUUCCAGCAAGCUGUAAAGGCUGGUACACUUAAAAUAGACAAUAUAGAACCGAAUGAGCUGAUUGGCAUUAUAGAUGCAACCACCGCAUGCAUAGUCUCGUGGUUGGAGGGCCAUUCGCUGGCUCAGACUGUCUUCACAAACCUGUACCUCCACCAGCCACACUCCAUCGUCAAUAGGACCCUGAAGGCAUACUGUAUUGCCGUUUAUAAGCUGCUGGAUUGUAUCAGAGAUUGUAUUAACAAGGCUCAAGUAUUUGAAGAAGAGGACUUCCAGCCCAUGGGCUACGGGUACCGCCUGGGCUCCAACCCUCAGAUGGGGGUCACCAACUGCGACCCGAGCCAGGAGGUCAAUGAGCAGAAGUGCAUAGCCAUGCUGCGGGAGCAGGAGGAAGAGCUUAAUAAGAAGGCUAGAAGUGCUGGCGAUGAGAGCACAGACUGCUGGACCGGGCUAGCGGCUCGCAUCCGGCUCACCCGCAUGCUGUACCAGGCUCUACUCCUCAUCACGCGGCGCGACUCGCAGGCGGGCGCGGACUGCGUGGCGCUGCUCAACGGCUGCUCCGAGAUGAUGAAGGUGGUGCUCAAGACGGCGCCGCUUGGCACCCAGCCGCAGGUGAAUUCGGACACCCCAAACCCCAUGGGCUUCGAGCCUCAAAUCAACCAGCGUCUGCUGCCGCCGACGUUCCCUCGCUACACGAAGAUCAAGCCACGGACCGAGGCGCUGCAAUACGUGGACGAGCUCGUGGCCAGACUACGCCAUGCAUGGAAGAUCACGUCAGCUCCUAACUUCCAUACUGCCCUGGAUUUCUUCAUGGACUUCAGUCGCCAGCGCGCGUGUAUUCUGUCCCGCUCGGCCCUGCAGUUGCUGUACCUCAGCCCGUCGCCGGCCACCACGGCGUCCAUGGCCCAGAGCGCCAUGAACUGCCCCGUCGGCACCCCUCGACCUCAUCACGUGUUCGUGGAGAUACUGAGAGAGAGCGUGCGGGAUUUCGUGAACCCGCCCGCGCUUUCGGCCAAGUCGCCUAUGCCUACUACGCCCCAGGCGCGUGAAUUCGUAGAGAACUUCCUGGCGCGCUGCGUGCGUCCGUUCGCCGUGCUGCUGCAGGUGUGCGGGCACAACCGCGCGCGCCAGCGGGACAAGCUGGCGCUGCUGUUGGACGAGUUUGCAGCGCUGCAGGAGGAGGCAGAAAGCGUAGACGCGGUGGUGAGCGGCGCGGCCGGAACCGCCCCCCGAGCUUGCUUCGGUACCUGGUUACUGUACCACGUGCUGAGGAUCAUGGUGGCGUAUCUACUGUCCGGACUGGAGCUGGAGCUGUAUAGUGUGCACGAGUACCAUUAUAUUUACUGGUACCUCUACGAGUUCCUAUUCGGCUGGCUAGUCUCGGCCCUGGGCCGGGCCACCAGCCUGGCCGCGGAGGGCGCCAUCAGGACAGAUGGCAAGAAGGGCGGCUGCCGGAAGAAGAGGCGAGGCCGCCCGGACGCUCGCGAGCUGCUGAUGUGCCAGAUUAUGCAGAACAUGUGCGGCGGAUACUACAAGGCGCUAGUGGCAUUCAAGCUACAAGGCAAGAUCAAAACGCCUCUGUCCCAGUUCGACAACGAGGCGGUGCGCUACAAGCACCGGUUCUCUCCCCUCGCCGUGUUGACGCCGCCGCAGGUGCACUACCACGAGUAUUGCGAGAUGACGCAGCCUAUGCAAUACGAAAACCCUGUGAUACUGUACAUGGGAGGAUGCAAACACUUCCUGCAAGCGCGAUCUCUACUCGAAACCAUCACGGUGCCCGACCAAGAGGUACAAGAUCUGCUAAAAGUAUGCAAAACAAACUUUGUAGUUUUAAAAUUAUUAGCCGGAGGACACAAGCGGGAGUCCACGACUCCACCCGAGUUCGACUUUUCAGUCCACAGACACUUCCCUAUCAUCAAACUUGUAUAAUAACUACUUAUUUAUGUUCUAUUCCGACAAUCCUGCAGCUAGAAUAUGUUCCUAAAGAUAAAUUUUUACAAAUAAUUCUUAUAAAAACAACGGACCGAGCUCAAAUGGAAAUAGUCUAUAUUUUAUCAAUAGCUGAGUGCAUUAUCUUUUAUCUAGUCUUUUGUAAAAUAUUCUUCUAUUAAUAGUAAUCAGUUAUAGGCGGCAUUGUCGCUGAUUUAUACAAUCAUGUACAAUAUCUUAUUCAUGACUGAAUUAAUUUAAGAAGUUAGUGUGUAUCUGCUAUACAAUUUAACAGAAACUGUAUAAAAACGGCGAACGUCUCAACAUUCGUGGAAUAAAAGAUGGAUACUUUACUUCUA